AUGUCGUCUGAAGUAUUGUCCGAAGAGUUUGAGGUACUUGAGGCCAUCUAUCCGACCGAGCUCACAAAAUUAUCGGAAAGGGCGAUACGAAUUGAUGUUGAACCAGAAGAUCCAUUGGAGGGCGAGGAUAAUCGGCCUAAGCCAAGUCAAGUCAAACUCGCGCUCGAAGUGUAUUACACAGAUGACUACCCUGAUGCGCUACCCGACUUCUCUCUAGACCCUACAGAAGGUGAACUGAAUGAAAUGGAAACCGAAGAUAUACUGGAUGAAUUGCGACGGGUGGGAAGAGACAAUCUAGGAAUGGCCAUGACAUUUACCCUCGUCGCUCACCUCAGAGAGCAGCUAUCUUCUCUGAUCCGUGUAAGGGCUGAGCACAGAGAGCAGGAGGAGGCGGAGAAGGAGCGACUAGCCCUGGAGGCCGAAGAAGCUCGCACCCGUGGCACGCCCGUCACUGUUGAGAACUUCAGAACGUGGAAGUCUAAGUUUGACAAAGAAAUGGCAAUUAAAAGAGGGCGGGAAGAGGACGAGAGACUCAAGGGAAUGACUCUAAAGGAACGGGAAGAGUAUAAGAAGCUAGGGACUCGUCUUACAGGUCGACAGCUCUUUGAACGCGACAAGAAUCUAGACAUAUCUGACGACAAUUUGGUUGAGGAAGGCGCCGUUUCAGUGGACAUAAGUCAAUAUGACAGAUCGAUGAUAGACGAGGAAGAAGAUGAGGCUCAAGUGACAUUUAGCGACAGUGAAUGA